GCGUUAUGUUAGAGGAAGGUCAUCGUGCAGACUUUUCGAAUUCCGGUACGUCGCCGCGUGUAUAAUUUCGCAAAUAAUCGUGUUUGUGUCGAACUAUUUUAGUUAUAUUUCGAAGUGACUUUGUGGUUUCUUUUAUUUUUGGGAAGUGAGAUUUUGCUGAGCAGAACAAUCGGAAUCGAUUUUGUAGACUUCUUCGAAAAGGUGGACACAUUGAGAUGUUCAUCGUGAAACCUGCUCAAAUACCUGCAAAACAAAGCGGUGCCGCCACGAUGAAGAUGAGCAAAGUUAGUAAUCAGACGAAUUCUCAGGACCCGCAAGCCGUGAGCUCGCGCGUCUUCGUCGGCAACCUGAACACGUUCCAGUGCAGCAAAACCGACGUCGAGCGAAUGUUCCAGCGGUACGGACGUCUUGCAGGAAUUUCUAUGCACAAGGGUUAUGCCUUUGUGCAGUUUGGAAAUCCAUUUGAUGCAAGAAGUGCUUGUUUAGGAGAAGAUGGCAGGACAGUUCUUGGACAAGUCUUGGAUGUUAAUAUGGUUGCUGAACCAAAACCACACCAAACUGGACGUAAACGCCAAAAUAAUACAAAAACUGGAAAUGAUUGGUAA